AUGGCCGCUGCAUCAGCCUUGGGCGUCAUGGCGAUCGUCCUCCUGGUGGCCCUCUCCAGCUCACCGGUCGUGGCGUCCCUCCGACCAGGCCUCGGCGUCUGUCGCGCCAGCGGCUACCUCCCUGGCCUUUCCGGCAACUGUGUGAAGAGCAACGACCCGGACUGCUGCGAGGAUGGCAAGAGGUAUCCGCAGUACCGCUGCUCGCCGCCGGUCACCUCGAGCACGCCGGCAACGUUGACGCUCAACAGUUUCGAGAAGGGCAAGGACGGCGGCGGCCCGUCGGAGUGCGACAACUCGUACCACAGCGAUGAGGAGAUGGUCGUCGCGCUCUCCACCGGCUGGUUCAGCAACAUGGCGCGCUGCGGCCACCGCAUCAAGAUCACCGCCAACGGCAACUCCGUGUACGCCAAGGUGGUCGACGAGUGCGACUCCGUGCACGGCUGCGAUGACGAGCACAACUUCGAGGCUCCCUGCGCCAACAACAUCGUCGACGCCUCGCCCGCGGUGUGGAACGCCCUGGGGCUCGACCAGAGCACCGGCGAGCAGGACAUCACAUGGUCCGACGGCGACGAGUGA